AUGCGUGUCCGCACUCUUGAGAUCCGCUGGCACGACAGCAAGCCCAUAUCUACCUGCGACUUCCAGCCCGCACCAUUCAAGAAAGCACGCCCGUCGCAGGACAAGCUCUUCGCUGCGCAGUCGUACCGGCUUGCGACAGGGGGCGAAGACAAUCACGUUAGGUUAUGGAUGGUGCACCCGAACAUACUGCCACCAUCGGUGGUCGAGGGCGCGUCUGAGCCACCCGCCCCGCGCCCGCCGCGCGUCGAGUAUCUCGCGACUCUCAGCAGGCACUCUGCCGCUGUGAACGUCGUGCGGUUCAGCCCGAACGGCGACCUCAUUGCAUCCGCUGGAGACGAUGGAAUGAUCAUCAUAUGGUCUCCGACCACUAGUCCCCACGCCAGUAGCUAUGGCAGCGAUCUCACUCCCGAGGACCUUCAGUAUGAGAAGGAGCACUGGAAGCCUCGCACGACAUUCCGAUGCACCACUAUGCAGGUCUACGACCUUGCGUGGAGUCCCACCGGUGAAUAUAUCAUCGCGGGCAGCACCGAUAACUGCGCCCGCAUAUUCACCGCGAACGAAGGCAAGUGCGUGCACGAAAUCGCGGAACACAAUCACUACGUGCAGGGCGUCGCAUGGGACCCGCUCAACGAGUACAUUGCCACACAGAGCAGCGACCGGUCCAUGCACAUCUACAGCAUCUCCUUCAAGCAGGGCAACUUGGAGGUUCAUGCUGUAGGGAAGAACACGAAGAUGAACCAUCGGCAUAGCCGCACGCCGAGUACCCACAGCCGCCCCCCGCCCUUCAGACGGGAGUCCACAGCUGCAAGCGAGACAGAAUCAGUGAUCACCAGUGUCAGCGAGCAACUCAAGGACGAAGUCUCGGCUUGUGGCUCCGGCUCCAGGGAUCAACCCAGCGCGCUGCUCACGCCGACAGCUUCGGUAACCAGCACACCAUCAAUGUCCAUGUUCCCACCACCAUACGAGCGGUCGUCUUCUAGACGGUCCUCGUUCAGCGGAUCGAACGCUCCAAAUUCACCGGCGAACUACAGCCGGUACGGACGUUCUCCGUCCCCGAUGCCUGCUCUUCCGGCUAUCCGGAUGGCGCCCUCCACAGCGGCAAGUACCUGGGCAGCUGUCAAACUGUAUGGCGACGAGAGUUUCACGAACUUUUUCCGGCGGCUCACAUUCAGCCCCGACGGGGGCCUCUUGCUCACGCCCGCUGGUCAGUUCGAAGAUCCGUCGGUCAUUCCCACCGCGACUUCGAAGUCCAGUGACCCGCCUCGCGGCCGGAAGGGCAACCCGAACGCGAGCGACAAGGACAGUUCGUCCUCGGUGUAUAUCUAUUCGCGCGCCAACUUUGCUCGCCCGCCGAUUGCGCGACUUCCUGGACACAAGAAGGCGAGCGUAGCCGUGCGCUUCUCUCCGGUCCUGUACGAGCUGCGCCGGAACGUGUCUCUCGGAGACGACGAGCCAAAGACGGUCAUGUUGGAGAAGGACACCGAAGUGACCAUCGACGUCGACGUCGGUGUACCUCCGAGUCCCGCCCCUGACAAGGACAAGACAUCGUUCGCAUCGCCGGUGAAGCAGGCCACUGCUUCGGGCUCAUCAUCCACUAUCGCGGCGCCUUCACCACGCAUCGCGAUACCCACCGGCCCGCAGGCCACAAUGAUGCCGUCUCCGGCGUUGUCCGCGACGGACUCAAUGCGGCCACCGACACCGGCCGCUUCGAAGCCCCCGACGCCCGUCCCUAUCAUCACGCCUACGCCCAAUGCGUCCAUCUUCUCGUUGCCAUAUCGCAUGCUGUAUGCGAUCGCGACGAUGGACACGGUCAUGAUCUACGACACGCAGCAGGCGGGUCCCGUCUGCCUGCUCACGAAGUUGCAUUACGAUGAGUUCACUGACAUGUCGUGGUCGCCGGAUGGCCAAUGCCUGCUCUUGUCGUCGCGCGACGGCUACUGCACCAUCGUCGUGUUCGACGAAAUUCUCCCCGUACACCACACGCAGCAGCACACGCUCCAGCUGCAGUCCAUAGCGCACCACCACUCGCUGCCGCUGACGAACUCAACCGCGGCGACGCCUCUAUCUACUCCAUCCACGCAUGUCGCGGCGCUUCCGAUGCUCUCUCCUCUCACACCCGUCAUCCCUGCCAAGCGGAGCGCAGAGCCCCCGCUGACGCCGGCGGCGAGCGUCGACGAGAACCUGCUCGGGAUGAACUGGGGCGAAGCCGCGACGGAAGGUACGAACACAAGCUCGAGUGCGAGCGCGAGCGCACCGAAGGACGACAUCGAAGAGCCGCCGAAGAAGAAGCGGCGGGCGGCACUCACGCGCGUCGCGGACCUCGGGUCGUGAGCCCGCCCGCGUCUCUCUGUGCCUCCCGGACAGUUCCUGUUUGUAUAGUCGUCGACAUGCUUGUUGGUUAGCUGCUUUUCCUCACUUAUCCCUAUCGCUGUACCGCAUCGCCCACUUCUCGAUAUCGCCACGACCCAGACCCAUGACUCAUGACUCGCACCCUCGCCACGUCCAACAAUACAUACUGUACGAUCCGCAGAUGCCACGCUGUCCUGUCUAAUACCUGUUCUCGUCUCAUUCUCGUCGGUCUUGUGACCCAAUAUAUACGUACG